UUUUUCUCUCUCUCUGUCCUUUAAUCACUUAACUGAAUAUUCUUGUCCUUGCUUCUUUGGGAUCUCAUGUAGUUUGUACUGUCCAGUUUCGCUGGACCUUUUAUCUUCUUUUGUUGAGAUUUAUGCCAGAUACAUCUUUUUUGUUUCCCUUUCAUGGGGUUUCAUAGUUUGGGGGUGUAACUGGCAAGAGAAUUCCAGAAAGUUGACAUGUACGUGAUGUUCUGUCUCAGACACUCAGUUCUUCCAGAAAUUUUAAGUGGAAUUCUGCACACCCAAAAUCGACAUGUUCCUUGGAAAUAGAAAUAUGAUUAAUAAUCAACAUUCUACAAUGAUUUUUGUGGGGAUUUUGGCAACAAUUUUUAGAGCUGGUGGACCUACUUUUCCCGUGUUUCUUCUGCUAUCACAUACCUUUUCAGCUAAAUUGAAAGAUUGAUGCUGGAUCCCUCAAAAGUUGCCUCUUAAAAAGGUCAUCUUUAAGACACUAGUCGUAAGCAAUGGCGUCAGCAGAAGGGAAGGCACCUUAUGCAGCUAAGUGUUUUACUCAAGAUUUCCGGAUUCCCCUAAAUACUUCGGAUCAUCCUUCACCAGUUUCAAAAAGAUUAGUAUCUGAUUGGGUUCCUUGUGAUUCUACUAAUGACCACAUUCAUGCCAAUUCAGUUUGCAUGCCCCAUGAUCUGAAUUCUGAUAAACUACCAGAAAUGAAAUGGUGGCUACAUGUGAAGAGUGAUUUGGGUGAUGAAACAAAUUAUACAUGUCAACAUCUGGAUUCCUACGAGUCUGAAUUUGGUGCAUUCUAUGGUGAAUUGCUUAAUAGAAGUGUCAAGAGUGGGACAGAUCAAUUGGUCAAAGACUUCGAUACUUUUUCUGAUUUGGAAAGUGAUAAUUUAUCUGCAGAGCACCCGCGGCAUGUCUCUCCUACGUGUAUGAAAAACAGCAAUACAAGAAUGCCAAAAUUUGAGGCUUCACUGAAUACUGAUUUAAAUCGUACUCCUAAGAAGAAAGAUCAGGGGGAACUAUGUUUUUCAGACAGUCGUUUUAUGGAUUGUGAUAUUUCCAAUUUCUUGGUCUCUGAACAAGUUAAGAUGACAUCAUCUGAUUUAGAAUCACAUUUGAUGGCAGAUGAGGAAACUGGCCCUUGGUGGCGCACUGCUGGAAAAGAUGAAUUGGCUUCCUUGGUUGCUCGGAAGUCACUUGAUCAUAUUGAGAAUUGUGAUCUCCCUCAUCCCCAAACUAAGCAUGUUAGUCAGAGGCCUCCCUACCCUAAAGGUGUUGACCAUGAUAAGAUUCUACCAUCAUCUUUGAAUCGUAAAACCGAGUCUGGUUCUUCUGAUGCAGAUGGUUAUACAACGGGAAUAUCCACUUCUGACUGCUCAUUUCAGGACUCAAGCAAGCUUUCCAGUUUCAUCCAGAGCACAGAUUCUAGUUCAAGCAACAAAGGAUGCCACACAAAUUCUGAGAACAGUAGCAUGUCUGAGCUAUUGAAAGCAUUGUGUUACUCUCAAACAAGAGCAAGAGAGGCUGAGAAAGCAGCACAGCGAGCUUACAGCGAGAAGGAGCACAUCCUGAGUCUCUUUUUUCGACAGGCAUCACAGCUCUUUGCUUACAAGCAGUGGCUCAACAUGCUGCAGCUGGAGAACCUCUGCCUGCAACUCCGAAACAAAAACCAGUCAUUGAUAAAUCUCUUUCCAGCAUCCUUACCCUGGUCCCCGUGUAGGGGAAUGCUGCUUAAGAAGAGUCAUGACAGAGCUGGGAAGCGGAAGAAUAGUAACAGAAGAUGUGGGAUUACAAAGUGUGUUGUUGCUUUUGCGGUGGGAAUAGGCCUUGCCGGUGCUGGCUUGCUUCUCGGUUGGACCAUGGGAUGGAUGUUUCCACCGUUAUAAAUUCCAUCUUGGUUAAGUUCAUGCUUCCGUUAUGCUUUUCUGGAAUUAGAGUUCUGUUGUGCAGAAAAGAUUCACAUGAGUGGAUAUACAAUGUUAUCCAUGGUUUCCAUGCCUACAUUUGUGCAUAUUCCUCAUACAUUUGCGACCAUUAGUUGUAUAUAUUCAAGAACAUAUAGUGUAGAAAGAUCCACAUCCACCUAUUAGGGAAAGGCUUAGUCGUGGUUGUAGUGCAAAAAGAAUACGUUUACUAGAUAUGUAUAAAGUUUGCUUUAAGUACCAAAUGUACUUAGUUACUUGAAAUAUGUAAACAGUCAAAAUAGUUAGUCAGGUCUGUGGGUCAUAGAUGGAUGUCAUUCCCAUAUUAGGUGCUUGAUCUGUUUAUCUCUCACUUUGUUGUGUAUCUCUUCAUCCUUUAGCUUUCAAUUCUUCUAUAGCUCCUCUUAUUAUUCUUCUGGUUUUUUAUUUGUAUCUUCCUCUUUUCUUCCAAUCCUAUUCUUGUAUUUGCAAAUGCAGUCCCUAAUUCUUUUUC